CGCGCCUCCGCGGGAGCGCAGACGAGCCAAUCAGGCGCUCGGCGUAUUUUACAAACUGGGGAAGUAGCUGCAGCUGAAGCCAGUCAAGAAAAAGCGAAUCCAGUGUGGGGUGAGCCAGAGUGGUUCCGAGGAAGCUGUAGCAGUCAUGACCACCUUCCAGGGUAGGAAGGAUCCUGUCCUCAGGGGUGUAUCUCCUACUCCUAGCAAGAUUCCCGUACGCUCUCAGAGACGCCCGCCUCUCCCCACAGUCAAACCCUGCGCCCUGGACCAGGAGAACCAAGAUCCAAAGAGAUUGGUCCAGAAGCCCAACCUCGACUCAGCAGGCCCCAGGCCGAAAGUCACACAUCAAACAGAGAAAUCAGAGAGAUCGGUGGGGAGCACUCAGCUCCGGAACCCCUUGGAGGAACUGAGGCCUAGCCCUGGGGGACAAAAUGCGGGGCCUAGGCACCCUCCCCAGACAGAGGCUCCAGGGACUGUAGAGUUUGUGGCUGACCCCGCAGCCCUGGCCACCAUCCUGUCAGGUGAGGGGGUGAAAAGCUGUCGCCUGGGGCGCCAGCCCAGUCUGGCUCAGAGAGUCCUGAUUCGAGGGAGCCAGGGAGGCACCACCCGUAGGGGCCAGGGUGCCCGUGCCUCUGCAUAUUUAGCCCCUAGAACCCCUGCCCACCGACUGGACCCUGCCAGGGCUUCCUGCUUCUCGAGGCUGGAGGGACCAGGACCCCGUGGCCGGACCUUGUGUUCUCAGAGGCUAGAGGCCCUGAUUCCACCUUCAGGACCUUCCUUUCACCCCUCUGCUCACCCCAGUUUCCAGGAGCUAAGAAGAGUGACAGGUGGCGGCAGCCGGACUUCAGUGAGCCAGACCUCAGGAUUACUCCUGGAGACCCCAGUCCCACCUGCUCCCUCUCUCCCUGAAGGAGAACAUGAAGUUGUUACUCGCUCAGAUGAAGGAGGAGGGGGCCCCCUAGGUCUGGCCCAGCGGGUACCAUUAAGAGAAAUAAGCCACACCAGGGACAACAGUGCCUCCCACCUGACAUCCUCCCCUGGCCGAGUGGUGCCACCGUCCAUCACCCACCCAUCACCCUUUGGACGGGCUCAGCGCAUACCUUCUCCUGGCCCCUCAGCUCCACCCUCCUAUUCGAUUUUGCGGCGCCUUGCCAUUCGUCCCAAAACCCAGUUCACACCCAUCCAAGCAGCCCCCAGGGUUCAGAAGGCCCAGGGUUUGACCGGCCUCUCCCCUCAGUCAUGCCCUGAAGAGCCUGCCCUGCCCUGGGAGCAGAUUGCAGUCCGGUUAUUUGACCAGGAGAGUUGUACAAGGGUGCAGGAGGGGCCUGGGAAACCCCCUGUGGCAGCUUCUGACCCUAGUACACCCGCCACGCUCCAGGAGCUGAAGAUGCAGCGCAUCAGUAUCCUGCAGGAGUUGUUGCGACAAGAGGUGGAAGGGCUGGCUGGGGGCAAGUGUGCCUCCCUUAAUGGAGGUUCCUCUCUGGAAAUGGUUGAACUUCAGCCCCUUCUGGCUGAGAUUUCUAGAACCCGGAAUGCCCCAGAGCAGAAUUCAGGGGCCUUACACCUUCCCGGACUGUUCCAGCACCCUGGGCUACCAGAGCCUUAUGUUCCAGAGGAGUGUGGGGAAGCGCAGCCCUGCCCAGGAGCAAAGCCGGAGGCAGCUCAGCCCUGCCUUGCAGCAGAGCCAGGGUCCCCAGAGUCCAGCCAUAGCAGGGAACCUGGGAUACCAGAACCCUCUGUCCAGGAACAGCCUGUGGUAUCAGAGCCCUGCCCUCCAGUAGAGCCCGGACACCUGCAGGCUGACUCCCAAAGGCACACUGGACUCCUAGAGCCCUCCCCUAGGAUAGAGCCUGGGGCAUCCGAGGCCUGCUUCCCGGAACCGAGAAGUCCGGAGUCCAGCCCACAGCCCUGCCGCAGUCAGUGGGCUCCAGAGACCACCACCCUCAUCUUCUCCUCCCAACACCCACUUUGUGCCAGCCCCCCUAUUCACUCACUCCAGUCUCUGAGAUCCCCAACAGGCCAGGCAGGUCCCAGCAGUCUUGCCCCUCGAACCCUGGCCCUGAGGCAGCGCCUUAAAGCGUGUCUGACCGCCAUCCACUGCUUCCAUGAGGCCCGCCUGGAUGACGAAUGUGCCUUCUACACCAGCCGAGCCCCACCCUCAGGACCCGCCCGGGUCUGCACCAACCCUGUGGCCACAUUACUUGAAUGGCAGGAUGCCCUGUGUUUUAUUCCAGUUGGUUCUGCUGCCCCAUAGGACUCUCUGUCAUGGUGCAUCCACCUCCUGCCCUGCCUUGCUCCUUGCCCCUUUUAGCCCUUAUUUAUUGUCCACCCCGUGAGACUGGGAGCCCAUACCCUUUAUUCUUCAAUAAAGUUUCUUAAUUGUC